AUGCCGGGCUGCCGCAUCAGCGCCUGCGGCCCGGGGGCCCAGGAAGGGUCGGCGGAACCAGGAUCCCCGCUGCCGCCGCCGCCCCGGGAGCCCCUGUCGUGCCCUCAGCCCCCAUCCCCAAGUCCGACCUUGACCCCAACCCGGGCUCAGGCCUCAUCGCAGCCCGAAGCUGCCCAAGAGUCGGCGGGCUCCGCUGAGGGGCUGGAGCUGCAGCGCUGGCGCCAGGGCGCUAGCGGGGGCGCUGGGGGCCCCGAGCCGGCAGGGGGCGCGGGCGGCGGCCAGGGCGCCGCGGCGGCGGCGGGUGGCCGCGCGCUGGAGCUGGCCGAAGCGCGGCGGCGACUGCUGGAGGUGGAGGGCCGCCGGCGCCUGGUGUCGGAGCUGGAGAGCCGCGUGCUGCAGCUGCACCGCGUCUUUCUGGCGGCCGAGCUGCGCCUGGCGCACCGCGCCGAGAGCCUGGGCCGCCUGGGCGGCGGCGUGGCGCAGGCCGAGCUCUACCUGGCGGCGCACGGGCCGCGCCUCAAGAAGGGCUCGCGCCGCGGCCGCCGCGCCCGCCCGCCCGCGCUGCUCGCCUCGGCGCUGGGUCUGGGCAGCUGCGUGCCCUGGGGCGCCGGGCGCCUGCGGCGGGGCCACGGCCCGGAGCCGGAAUCGCCCUUCCGCCGCAGCCCGCCCCGCGGCCCCGCCUCACCCCAGCGCUGACCUCCGGCGCCGGGACCCCUGGCCACCCCGAGAGACCACCGCCCGGGUGCCGACCGAUGGACGGAGGACGCCGGCUGGGUGGAACGACGUCACCGACGCGGAUGGACAGAUUGGCCGACCACAGGAAGAGACAGUCGGGGGGCCGGGGGCCCAGUAAAGAAGGCGAAACCGAGCUCCUCCCAGCUACUCAGAGCCUCAACUCAGGAUCUGACUUCUGGAUUCUGCUCCUUUGCCCGGGCACCUCCUUCAGGAAGACUUCUCUAAUCGACCCUGCACAACCGCAGCACCCUCCUCACCUCAAAGGAGCCCCUCACUUGACAGUGGCAAGGGGCUGGGUUCUGGGGAAGUUGCCUCUAAUAGGAAUUUAUAUUCCCGCAUUUGACUCUGGCUUACAUGGUACAACUGGGGAUGUUAUAAGUCCUUUGAGAUGCAAUCAGAUUAACAGAGCAGCAAACCUUUCCACCGAGAAAAGGAUUUCUCUUUAAAGAUAUCGUUACUGUUCUUAAACAAGUCUCAGCACAGCUGAGAUGCCGUUGCUGCUCAGUCGAACAGUGGUAGGAGGGCUGUUUGAGGGGAAACAUUGCUCUGAACAAUCCCUCAGUUUCCCUCGCCCACCAUCCCUGCCCUGUAUGGGUGCCUGCCUGCAGCCCCUCAGAAAGAUAAUGGGCUGCUGGCUCCCAGGGGACACACCUCUUUCUCAGGAAGAGGGGUUGACCACAUAAAAAUAAUAAGUUUUAAAUGAAAGAUUAAAUUGAUUCAAAUUAACUUGAUUCAAAUAUCUUGAUGGUAGACGGAAGGGGGCCACAUGGACUCACACCUAACCCAGAACUUGUAGAAUUCCACAAAAUGAUCGCAUAUGGAGUCAGUUCCCUGUUGUGUACAUUCGGGAAGAAUAAACCUCAGUGAAUGUGAGACAAGCAUGCGUGGUUUUGAGGUUCACUCUGUGAGUGCCCGCACCACCUUUCCUUUCUGCGUGCCUG